GGACGGAACUGUCGCACACACGCAAUCGUAGAGAUCCGUUUGACACCCACCGUAUCACGUAUAGGGUAUGGCAAGUUCAUGCUUCUGUGAUGUGGAUGAGUACGGUUUUGAACGACCACAGGAUUUCGAUUAUGAAACCUACGAAGAUUUCAUGUCCGAGUACCUCAAGGUACUUGCGAAGAUGGCCAAAAAAUGGGCGAAAAUCAUCGGCGAGGGAAAGUCACCACAACGAAGUAUUACGAUCAAGAAGUAUGUUCGCAAAGGUAUCCCAGCAGGACACAGAGGAUUGGUAUGGCUUGCCGUGAGCGGCGGAGAAGAGAUAAGAAAUACAUCGCCGGAUCUUUAUGAGAAAUUACUGCAGUCUCCGCAUAAUGCAGAGAUCGCUGACAUUAUAAAAACCGACUUGCCAAGAACAUUUCCAGACAACAUAUUCUUUAAUAACACGGAGAAUCAACAACAUGAAUUAUACAACGUUCUGUUGGCUUUUGCUUAUCAGAACAAAACUGUCGGAUAUUGUCAGGGUUUAAACUACAUAGCAGGUUUACUCUUGCUUGUAACAAAAAGCGAGGAGACAGCAUUUUGGUUGUUAAAAGUAUUAAUUGAUAGGAUCUUACCGGAUUAUUAUACACGUACUAUGGAUGGUUUACUUACCGAUAUCGACGUGCUCGCUGAAUUAGUAAGGAUAAAGAUGCCUGAUGUGUAUCAGCAUGUGACAAACGUAGGAUUGCCUUGGCCAGUAAUUACGACAAAAUGGUUUGUGUGUUUAUUUGCUGAAGUUUUACCCAUAGAGACUACUCUACGUAUUUGGGAUUGCCUUUUCUAUGAGGGCACCAAGAUCAUAUUUCGCGUGGCAUUGACACUUAUAAAAAGGAACAAAUCUAAUCUGUUAGCUUGCCAAGAUUUUGCCACGUUAGCCGAAUGUUUCAAGGAGAUCACGAAAGACAGUAUUGUUUUACGAUGUCAUGACUUUAUGCAGAGUAUUUUUAAAGUACCUGGAUCACUGCCCGGUAGCACAAUAGCCAAGUUAAGGACAAAGGUAAUGCAACAGCGUAUACAACAAAAGCAGGAUAAGCUAGGACGAUAGUAUUCAUGAAUAAUUUCUCGUACACCGAAAUAUUCUAGUCUCUAUGUUACUCAUUUGCAUUUUUUGCAAAAUGAAUGCAUAUAAAAAUGUAUUAUACUGUUAUUGCAUAAUUAUACACCAUUAUUGUACAUACGAGGUCUGUUUAGCAGUGUAAGAAAUUGCACACUUAUUCAGUUAUUCUAUAAUUUAUUUUAUGGUUUUUAUUAUUGUAUACAUCAUAAUAAAAGAUCGGAAAGGGGAUAAAAUUAGAAUUUCAUCGAGAAAAUAUAGUAAAGUAAAAUAGAUUUGUGAUAUAAGCUGUAAUGAAAGUUAAGCAAUUGUGAUACUUUGUAGAAAAAACUGAUAUAAGAGCUAUAUCUAAAAGGACAAUUAUGCUUGUUGUAUCAUUUUAUCGUGAUUAAUACAGAGUUUGUAGGGCCUUUGUCUAUACAUAGAAAAAUAAAAUCUUUAAUCUGGGAUAUUAAAAUUAAUGUAU